AUGUAUUCUCUCUCUCUUCUCUCUCUCUCUCUCUCUCUCUCUCUCUCUCUCUCUCUCUCUCUUAUCCAUCCUUUGUAUUUAAUAAAGGAACUUUUUUCUUAUUUUGUAAUUCGAAACUUAUUGUUUACUCCUCUCUCUCUCUCUCUCUCUCUCUCUCUCUCUCUCUCUCUCGCUCUGUUUUCUCUAAUACACUAUCAUUCCCUCUCCUUUUCUCUCUCUUCCUUUUUUUUCUUUUUAUUCUCAUUGCAUCUUAUUUUCUAUUUUCUUUGUGAAUAUUGUUUCUUUCUCCUCUGCUCUAUUGUUCGUAAUUUAUCCAUUUUUUCUUUGCUUAAAAUUUUUUUCCUUUUUCUUUCCUUGCCUCUCCAUCGUCUCUUUCUUUGUUUUCUCUUUCUACUUUUAUGCAUUCAUCUAAUUUAUUUUUCAUGCAUUGCCCCCUCUCUUUCUCUCUCUCUCUAUCUCUCUCCUUUUCUUUCCCAUCACUUCUAUCGCCAUUUCACUAGGAUCCAAUUUCUUCAUGCCCCCCUCUCUCUCUCUCUCUCUCUCUCUCUCUCUCUCUCUCUCUCUCUGCGGUAUAUCUUUGUUUUCCCUUUUUCAUCGAAUCCCAAAUAA